AUGAGCACAUCCUCUACAUCGCCGGGCAAAUCGUCCUCCCUCACAAGUUGGAUCAAGGGUCUUAAAAACAGCGGUGCCGGAAGUACAAAUUCAGGUUCUAAUUUAGCAUCUAAGGAUUCGGAAGGACACACACAGCAGAAGACGGUAAGAUCACAAAAUGCAGAUGAAAGUGCGAUAUCAUCAUCGGCAGAUGCUGCAACACCGAAAUCAGCCAAAUUGCAAACAUCAAUGUCGGCAUCUCUGGUACAGCCAAGACCUAAACUAGGUUAUCGAUCCAGAUCCUCGCAUACAUUUCGUCCACUUUCAACCUAUUUCGGAAGUACAAACAGCAGUAAUGAAGGCACUCUCAGCACCAAGGAGAAGCUGAAACUUCAGAAGGAUAACUUUAUCAUGCAGAGGCAAAUGGACAAUAUCGGGAACUCGGCCGUUUUUGGCGUUUCUUUGGAGGAAUCGGUUCGAAUUGCCGAGGGAAAGAUCUACAUCUCCAGUGAUAGCGACGGCCUAGUUGUGUACGGGCGUAUUCCACGGGUAGUUGCAUCCUGUGGGCUCUUCUUGAAGAAAAACGCGUUGGAUGUGGAGGGCAUAUUUCGUGUUGCAGGCUCAAAUAAGAGAAUCAAGCAACUACAGAUUAUCUUUUCGACUGCUCCAGACUACGGGGCAAAAAUUGACUGGGAUGGGUUCACAGUUCAUGAUGCAGCCUCGUUAUUGAGACGUUAUUUGGGUGCAUUACCUGAACCAUUGAUUCCUUUGGCACUUUAUGAGGAUUUCAGAGAACCUCUAAGGUCACAUCCAGCCAUACUUAAGUAUUUGAAGGAUAAGGAAAUAAGGAUGUCACACGUGGGAGAGCCGGCUAAGAGGCACACUACGGCUUCAUCCGAUGAUAAAGGUCAUCUUACACCGGAGGAAAGGAAGCAGAAACGCAAAAUGCUAAAGAAGAAGCUCACAAGAGAGAGAAACGAAGCAUUAAAUGAAUACGCACAUUUGUUUGACAAGCUCCCGGAACUCAAUAGGCAGCUUCUCUUCUACAUUCUAGACCUGCUAGCCAUAUUCAACAUGCAUUCCGACGAGAAUAGGAUGCCAGCAAGAAACUUAGCUGCGAUUUUCCAGCCUUCCAUUCUCUCACACUCUGAUCACGAUCUAUCUCCCGAUGAAUAUGCCUUAUCCUCACUUGUGGUGGAGUUUAUGAUUCAGUAUUCGCACAAAAUCCUGCCUGCUGCCCAGGAAUCGGCUAGAAUUGCAGCUGCAGCUGCAGCAUCAGCAAAGAAGCACAGCAAGAAGCGUGUUAAUGAUUCUGGAAAUUCACCAGAGGAUGGGAACGUUGGACAGAACCCGAAAAAUAGGAAAGAUAGCAAAAAUUCGAGGAUGAGCAGUCAAGCUCAUAACUCAUCAUUAUCCCUGAUAAUCCCCAGAAGAAAGCACAGCAAAUCGAUGUCUUACGUUCAAGGCAUGUCCGAUAUGAUUCGUGUUGCAAAGCCAACGUCUGAUUCCUCGAGUAUCGAAAUGGAUGAUGAAGAGAUCUCUGGAGAGAGUGGUGAGAAGUUUAUGGAUAGUGCAGAAACUCUUGCUGAGACGAAAAGCGAUAAUUCAGCUGAGAAUAUUCCAUUAUCAUUUGCUUCUGAAAAAUCGGAGCCUACCACAGUGAUAACACCCCCAAUCAACAUAGAGAAAGCACAAAAGUUGGAUGUCGCACAUCAUACGUCAAAAACUCCCAAAACACCAAAGGGGCAAACAUUCGGUGCUCAGGGCUCACAAUCACCCUCACGCCGCUUUCUUCACACUCUUGCCAAACCGCUUAAUAUACUCUCAUCUCCAAGAUUGCAUUCGCAGAGCCCGGAAGCAGGAAAUCCAAUAGAGUCCAUUCUAUCACCCUCAGAUGAGAAAGAAUUAGGAAAUACUCCUCUAUUAGAAUCUGGCAGUCCUACUAAAGAGAAGAAAAGCUGGCUUAACAAGCUCAGGAGUAGGUCAAAUUCCAAGAGUGUCAAUUGA